AAUUAAUACGGCCAUAUAUUGACUGCGAUCGAGCAGGCAAUGUCAGUGUGCGGACAAACGGAGACAGGAGAGGUCCAACUAUUUCAAGUGGUUUUAAUUUUUGAGGGCGCCGACUCGUCGUUAUAAAGGAGGCGAAUCGAAACACAAUGAGGAGUUUAAUCCUCGUCGUCGCCAUCUCAGCGCUGGCCUGGGCCAGACCUGAAACAUACAAGGAAACCGAAGAGUUCAAGUACGCCAGGAGCUCUUCAGACGAAGGAAGUAAAUCGGGCUAUUAUGGGGCUCAAAGAGGUAACGUGGCAGGGAACUAUGAAAAAGCGCACAACAUGGAUACCCUAGCCCAGCAUCAAAUGAGCGGAGCCAUAAACCAAGUACAAGGAGAACUAGGUGAUGCUUCGAAAACUAGAGCUGGAAGCGUUUACACGGCUGCUAACACGGCAGGAAUCUAUGGAUCUGGCAAUCACGAUCUGAGCAACCUUCACGGAAGGAAUUUUGGAGAAAGCUCAUCUUCUGACAGCUCUCAUUCUUCUUUGUCGUCGGCUUAUAACCAACAUUCGAAGUCUGACUGGAGAAGCCAGUCUCAGCAAAGUGGGUAUGGUGCAACAAGCCAAUUGGGACAGUCGUCAUUGCAUUCAGGAAGCUUGCAUGCCGCGGAUAGCGCUGGCUAUGGAUCUAACUUUGGAAGCAACAGGCAUAGCUCUGGUUAUCAUUCAGCGUCUGGAUACCAAUCUCAUUCAGGAUAUAAUUCCCAAAAUUAUGACCAAAGUGACUUACAGUCUGGAAACUUACAGGCCUAUGGAACCGGUGACCAAACUCGCCGUUAUACCGUAGUAACACCAGUAAGAAUCAUAGCAAGGCCUGGAGCUCAAAUAGCGAUACCUGUUUACGGAGAAGCUGGUUAUGAUGCCCACAGAGCUUCCUCUUCCAUAGGCGAAAGUUCUAGCAACAGGUAUACCUCGCAAACAGCUGCUUCUUCAUUCGAUCAAAAUGCAAUUAAUAGUGAAGCUGAAGUUUUGAACAACAACCAGCAACAUAUCGGCUCCGUUCCAGCGCCUAAUGGGAAGCAUUACUCUUCCUCGUACAACUAUCACAAAGCUUGGGAAAGGCAUAGUGAAACCACCGAUGUACCAGUAACAGUCGCGCCUGUAGUUAAUCCAUUGUCUGUAAAUAGUGAAUUAUAUGAAGACGCUCAAGGCGCCAGUGCCAAUUCUUAUAAUUCUGCCAAUAGAUACAACAGCUACUCAGGAUCAAGUCAAGCCGGUCACCAAGCAGAUUAUAGAUCCCAGCACAAUGCUCAAGCCAGUUCUCAAUCCAACGUUAACUCAAAUGCCUAUACGCAAGGAGCAUAUGGUAGUCACUCUGGUCUCACGCCUCUUGUAGAUUCCCAGCCUAAAAGUUACCAAUCCUCUUAUUCCUAUCACAAGUCAUGGGAAAAGCAGGGUGAUCCCUACGUAAUCUACCCAGGGACAACUGGAGAAGCAUCACAGAGAAUUGUUUCCGGUACUAAAAAUGCUGCUUCGUCGCAACGUUAUGGUACCCAUCAGCAUUAUUCUCAUGGAAGUAAUGUAGACUGCGACAGUCUGUGCAGGUAUCGUCGGUCUACACGCUCCGCUGAUUAUUACCAGCAUGAUCUCGGACAACAGGCUCAAACAGCUUGGGAUCAAAGCCUUUCUCAACAGACUCAAGACUCGUUUCAGCAGCAAAGCCAGUCAGCAAACCUUGAAGACCUGGGGCAACAGACACAAAAUCUCGAAGAUUUCGGUCAACACAGCCAGUCAGAACCCCUUGAAGAUCUAGGGCAACAGACACAAAAUCUCGAAGAUUUCCGUCAACAAAGCCAGUCAGCAAACCUUGAAAAUCUAGGGCAACAGACACAAAAUCUCGAAGAUUUCGGUCAACUAACACAACAGAAUCUACAAUCCUUUCAACACCAAAGCCAAUCGGAAAACCUUGAAGACCUAGGGCAACAGACACAAAACCUUGAUAAACUAGGUCAACAAACACAACAAUCUUGGGGUAACAUUCAACAGCAGAGCCAAUCCCAAAAUCUUGAAGAUUUUGGACAGCAAACACAGGGUAAGUGGCAAGAGUUUAAUCAUAAAUUUGAAAGUAAUUUAGAGGACCUUGGCCAACAGAGACAACAAUCAUGGAGUAACAUUGAACAACAAGCAAGUCGUCAAAACUUAGAAAAUUUAAGUCAUCAAACACAGGACAUGGCAACAGGCAGUCAUCAAUCUGAACAUACUUUUGAUAAUUUAGAUAAUUUCGGACAACAAACACAAAAUAAGUGGGACAAUCUAGAAGGCCUAGGUCAACAAACACAACAAACUGAAGACGUAGGACAACAAACUCAUAAUAAUUGGGAUGAUUUAGAUCAAUUGGGACAACAAGUACACAGUCAAUGGAAAAACAUAAAUACCAAAAAUAAAACACGGCACACAGACACAAACACAGAACAACAAACUCAAACUCAUUUUGGAAAUGUUAACGAGGUGAAACCUAACAGAGAGCAUGCUGGAAACACCCAAAACACCUUUACCACAGAAAAUACAGGCGCUAACAAUCCCGCCGAUCUUGAGUUUUGGGGUCUUACCAAUAAUCAAAAGCAUGAAGACAACCAUUAUUACAAUCAACACAGUUAUAAUAAUCAUAAUUCUUAUUCAAAUUCACAGGGUCAUGGCGUUAGUUGGGGGCAGCAUGUCAAUAACAAUAACGUGCAUACAAGCCACGAUAACCCUUUGCAAAGUAUAUGGGACAAACUAGACAAUAUGGAAGAGCAAUCUGAGCAUUCAAAUGAAAAUCAGCAACAUACUGGAUAUCAAAAUUCACAACACUCAUAUAAACAAGAAAAUACCUAUCAACAUGAAAGCAAUUGGGCAAGUAGCAAUAGUUCAUACAAUUGGAAUCAGCAACAAACACAUAGUUUAGGAUACCAGCCAUCUAAUAUUUUCAAUAGUACAAUCGAUAAACCAAAGAACGACCAACUACUUAAAGAAGUUGCACCUGAAAAACCCAAAGAUGACGAAGAUGAUGAAACACCCGAAGAACCUGAACCAGCUGAAGUUGGCCGCGGAGAUAUUGGUGCUGAAAGUGACUCAAAAACUACACCAAAAACGGUCCAAAAUUCACAAACGUACACAACCCAAUUAAAGCCAGAAAAGAGUCCUGAAGAAAUCGAAGCAUUAAGCUUAUCUAGGGGCACUGAUCAAUAUACAACUGCAUCAGAUUCACUUAGUGUUUUAAGCAUAAGUGAACAAAAAUGGCUUGAAGAACAACGGCAUAGGGCUACAGAAGAAUUAUACCAGAUUAGAGGCUCUAAAUCAUCAACAACCACAAGUACCACUACACCAAGUUCGGUAAAACACACAACAACUUCACAUGGUCAUACUGGAACACAACAUUUCUUGGGACAGCCAGCGGAAAUACAGGAGCAUGAUAAAACACAAACAUCUGAGAACGUACAGAAAAAUGAUCAUAUUUUACAACAACAAAAUACACUGCAGCAAAACCACAAUUUCCAUCAACAAAAUCAACAACACCAUGUACAACAGUUCCAGAACGUAGGUCAGCACAACAAAAUUCAGCACAAUACCCAAAAUAUUGACCAGCAAAACACAGAACAGCAGUUCGAAGAUUUUGGACAGCAAACCCAAGAUUUAAACCAACAAAAUCUUCAAGACUUUACUAAUUUAGGUCAACAAAGCCAGAACUUUGAUCAACUAAACACAGGGGACUUUAGGCAGCAAAGUCAAGAUUUAAGUGAGCAAAAUCUUCAACAGUUCCACCAUUUAGGUCAGCACACCCAAAAACUUGACCAACAAAAUACAGAACAACAAUUCGAAGAUUUUGGCCAACAAGCCCAAGAUUUAAACCAACAAAAUCUACAAGAGUUUCCUAAUUUGGGUCAACAUAGCCAGAACUUUGACCAACUCACCACAGGAGACUUUGGACAACAAAGUCAAGAUUUAGAGCAACAAAAUUUACAACAGUUCUCCAAUCUAGAACAGCACCGUCAAACCUCAUAUCAACACGAAGCUAGAGAGUUCGUAGGUCAUUCAAACCCACAGGUGGUUCAAGAACAGAAGAUUACUCCUGUCGGUGAUCAUGGUUCCCAAACCAGUCCGAAACAAGACGUCGAAAUUGUGCCACCCUCUGUGACAACAACAGAAAAGCCCGGAUUUUGGAAAUCAGUGGGUAGCAAAUUUACCAGUGCUAAAGAUUCAGUUGCUUCAUGGUUUAGAAGAAGUUAAUUUGGUAUUUACCACUAUGUAUUAAUUUAAGAGUGGAAAUAAUAGUUUAAAUUGAAUUAAAACUAGUCAUAAUGCUUAAAUUGCUAGAAGAAUUAAAUGAUAAGGAUAAAUAAUUAA